AUGUACGCGGCUCCCCAACCAAGUGCCACUCCUGGAGUCAAGCAAGAAAAGCCCAACCUCGUCGGUCAGUCCCUUCAGAGCUCUCCGCACCCCAUGUUUGGUGUGCACAGUCCUACCCCAUCUAGCCCACCGUGCUAAUCCCAGUCAUGCUGAUCUGCAGGCGUCCGCAACAAGCAAAGGUUCGUGCUGAUGUAGCCAUCGCUGUCGCUCGAGGCCCGCCUGAUGACGCGACACAGGCAGCGUCGACGACCGUUUUCGCGCCCAAAAGCGUGGCACCAGAGGGCAUACACUGAUUCGCCCUGCUCUCCACCUCGGCUACCCAUAGGAAAGGCGUUCAAAAGGCCCAGGCCAAGUUUGAACCGCUUGCGUUCCGUGAUCAACUCAUCAAGCACCUCGAAUCCGUCCCAGAGCACGACUUUGACGCCGUAGCCUCCAAACUCGAUGUUCUAGGCAACCAGGUCAGUACUGCGUGGCCUCUGUACAGCAUCUCCGUUGCUAUAUGCUGACCAGUCUGCGCUUCAUUUCCCUGUCGCUUGCUGCGCCGCUGCGGUCCCCUCCUCUCCGCCUCGACGCCUGACUCGACACACGACCCGCGCCGUGACCCCACGCCACUCUACAAUCUCCCUCGCACCAGCUCGACUACCGCAAGUAUGAGCAACAGCUUUUCGAACUGCUGCUCGUCGGUGGGCUUCUCGCACCCGGAGGUGGAUUCCUCGAUGAUGGAGCGGCCAAGUCGACCUUCUCGGUGACGGGCUCGGCCAAGGAACCCGUCGAGGUCAGCGACGUAAAGUCGAUCGUCGACGUCUUCAACAAGUUGACGCGCAGGUACAAGUACCUCCAAAAGGGCUUUGAGGAGACCGCGCUACCGAGCAUCCUGCAGUACUCGAACAAGUUCUCGCAGAUCGACCAGGAGAAGCUCGCUGUCGCGACCGCCCUCUUUGUCGCCGUCGGCCUCGUGUCCGCGAGCGUCGUCCUCAGUCUCAAGAAAGACCAUUUGGUCAAAGAUGGUCAGUUGAUUAGGUGCACAUGACGUUGGCCCCCGCAUGCCGCUCAUACACUCACUGACGCAUUCCCCUCACAGGCACGUCGGUGCGAAUGCUCACGAGCUUCCUCAAGGCCUUCCUCGCGACCGAGUCGAUCGAGCAGCUCUCGCUUGCCCUUCGCAAGGGUGGUGUCACCGACCUCGAGGCCUUCUUCCCGCCUUCCAAGCAAAAUGCGACCGAACUCUCAACCCACUUCAAGGGUGCCGGAUUGUCGGGUGUCGUCGACUUUUACAUCAAGCAGAAGGCCGGCAAGGCCAAGGAGGACACUCUGGCUAGGCUCAGAGAGUACGUCUCCGACGAAGCCGACUAUGACGAGGUGAGUUGAUAGUGGCAUUCGAAGUCAUUUGACUGGGGUGGUAUGCUGAUCGAAGUGCCCACGAACGCCUACUAGAUCAUGGGUUACCUGGAAGCUGUUCACAAACGCGGCAUCCUGUCCGAGCCCGAGUUCAUCUCGAUCGCUUGGGCCGGUCUCACGAGUGGGAUCGACAUGGGCGCCAAGCCCGAGCUGUUGCCCGACCUCGCUGUCAAGGAGAUCAAGUCGAUCGCUCCCUUGCUCGAGCCCUUCAACAACAAGCCUGCGACCGAGGUCGCAUUGAUCAACACGAUCCAGAUUUGGUGCUACGAGAACACCAAGCUGAUGCCCGCGUUCGCCAAGAUCCUCAAGGUGCUCUACUCGCUCGACGUUUUGUCGGACCAAGCUAUCCUCUACUGGCACAGCAAGGGGUCCAAGACGCAGGCGAGGCAACACUUCCUCGAUGCGGCGGGGCCAUUGGUCAACUUCCUCAAGGAGCAGGAGGAGGAGGAAGACGAGAGUGAUGACGAGUGA